UGGCUGCGAGACAGCAUCUCCUCCCUAUCUACAGCCUACCUAGCUACCUACCUAGGUAGGUAUCUCGAACGUCAGCCCAAGAGUCAAGUUCCUGAUGAGAGACACAAGAUUAGGUAGCCGUAGAACCUUGACAGAGCCAUGUUUCUGUUAUAUCAUCAUCAUCAUUUUUUUUUUUUUUUUUUUUUUUUGCUUUUCCUUUUUUUGCGAGGGCAAGCCACGAGCUUCCCACGUUCUGGAACUUGAAGAAAAACUAGCGAUCGCCUAUGCCGCCACUUUGAUUGGGGGGGGGGGGCUGGCUUGCUGCCAAUACCAAUUCCUACGUCAACUUCACGUUAUGGUUUCUCAACGUGGCUACUACAACGCCCUGCUGCAGGAUCACGCUGCUUCGCUUUGCUUUCAAGGUUAUAACGACACACCACCCUUCGUCUUCUUCUUCUUCUUCUUCUUCUCUUUGGGGCAUACAGUGCAUAGGCCCAAGUUUGAUGUGGCUUGCCGUCAGCAAUGGGCGAGAAAUUCUCCACGCUUCCUCUCAUUGGCCUCCCCGCACCGACGCAGCGGUUCUCAUUUCCCAUCACACUUACGGCUGCAGGUUUGGUUUUUUUCUUUACCUAAGCUUGGGAAGGGAAAUAGGGUCGUUGGCAUUUCACUGACCUUUUAGGUACAUACAUAGCCGCUUGGGAACCGCUGUCCCGCUCUCAGCUCAGCUUAAACAAUGCAUGCAAACCCUGGCCAGCAGCGUCGAGACUCUGGCAUGAAGGCCUUUGUUAGGGUAUCCGCCUGUCCCACGGGGGGUUUUUAGCUAUACCUAGUAGCACACGGGAGGAAGAUAUAUUCCUUGCUUGCACCAACUCCUCCCAAUCCGCCGGAUGGGAGUCAUCUCCGAGCAAAGGGUUCAGCAGCAGAAGGGUCGCGGUAGCGCUGCAGUACACAUGUAGGCAGAACGACGUGUGACGGGAACUACGGGUUACCUGUGUCGAGCCGCCGAAAUUGUCCGUAGUCGGGUCCUCUCCUAGUUCUAGGUGAGAGAACGCACGGGACUGCGAUACCGAAAGGGGGGUUUAUCUGGGGGGAAAACUUCUUCUGAGGUUUCACCCAAC